CCUGCGGGGAAGCGGGAACACAACUGCGCGGCGAGACCUGUAGCAGUUUUCGUAGCUGCCUGGGCGGCUAGUGUCCUGCCGUCAUGCCUAUCCGUGCACUCUGCACUAUCUGCUCCGACUUAUUUGACCACUCCCGUGAUAUAGCCGCCAUCCACUGUGGCCACACUUUCCACCUGCAGUGCCUCUUUCAGUGGUUUGAGACAGCACCAAGUCGGACCUGCCCACAAUGCCGAAUCCAGGUUGGUAAAAGAACCAUUAUCAAUAAGCUCUUCUUUGACCUGGCCCAGGAGGAGGAGACUACCCUGGAUGCAGAAUUCUUAAAGAAUGAACUGGACAAUGUAAGAGCCCAGCUUUUCCAGAAAGAGAAGGAGAAACGGGACAGCCAAGCCAUCAUCGACUGUCUACGGGGCACGCUGGAAGAACGCAAUGCCACUGUGGGAUCUCUGCAGAGGGCUUUAGACAAGGCUGAGAUGCUCUGCAGCACACUCAAAAAGCAGAUGACAUACUUGGAGCAGCAGCAGGAUGAGACUAAGCAAGCACGGGAGGAGGCCCGCCGACUCAGGAACAAGAUGAAGACCAUGGAACAGAUUGAGCACCUACUCCAGAGCCAGCGGCCUGAGGUAGAGGAAAUGAUUCGAGACAUGGGUGUGGGACAGUCAGCGGUGGAACAGCUGGCUGUGUACUGUGUAUCCCUCAAGAAAGAGUAUGAAAAUCUGAAAGAGGCGAGGAAGGCCUCAGGGGAGCUGGCUGACAAACUACGAAAGGACUUGGUCCUCUCCAAAAAUAAGUUGCAAAUGGUCUGCUCUGAACUGGAUGAGACCAAGCUGGAGCUAAGGUCAGCUCAGAAGGACUUACAGAAUGCUGACAAGGAAAUCACGAGCCUGAAAAAGAAGCUAAUGAUGUUACAGGAAACCUUGAACCUGCCACCAGUGGCCAGUGAGACCGUCAACCGCCUGGUUUUAGAGAGCCCAGCCCCUGUGGAGACACUGAACCCUAAGCUCAGCCAGCCAUCUCCCCACAACCUCACUGACCUUAAUGCCACCUUCAACGUGAAAACACCUCCAGCCCAAACCUCUGGCUCCCGGCACAGCUGCUCCAAGAAGCUCUGCAUGGAAAAGGCACACUCUCUUGUUCAAGAUGUCCUCAGGAAGAAGCCCAAAAUUCCUAAACAGGAGUCACAGCACACUCUGGGUGGCCAGCGCUGUGUAGAAGAGCCUGACGAGGAACUAGCUGGUGCCUUUCCUGUCUUCAUCCGGAAGGCUGUCUUGGGCCAGAAACAGCCCAGGAGGGCCAUAACAGAGUCCUGUCGCAGCACAGAUGUUGUAAGAACAGGCUUUGAUGGCCUCGGGGGACGGACAAGAUUCAUCCAGCCUACUGACACAUCUGUGAUCCGCCCACUACCAGUUAAACCCAAGACCAAGACUAAGCAGAGAGUGAGGUUAAAGACUGUGCAGCCUCCCUCUCAGACCAAGCUGGAUACCUUCCUGUGGUAAUGACAGUCUGAGCAGUGGCCAGAUAAUGUGCGUCCAGUGUGUAGACCAAGAACAGG